AUGGCAUCAUCAUCACCUGUGAAAAAUUACAAAAUAGGGAAACCCGAAUCCUACAGCUGUAAUAUCUGCAGUUCGCAAUUCAGCCGCGGUGACCACCUCACUCGUCACUACAGAUCACACACGAAACAACGACCUUUUGUCUGUCCAGUGUGCUGCAAGGGAUUUGCACGUCGCGAUCUCAUGACAAGGCAUAAGGCCAAGCAUGUUCAUGGCACACAGUCAUCAGCUACUGAAUCUUCAACGGAUGGAUUCAGGUAUCGGGUUUCUCAAGCAUGUAAACGAUGUGCGGCUGCCAAGUUGAAAUGCACCGAUGAAAAGCCAUGUCCACGAUGUAUCAAGAAAUCAGUCCCCUGUGAAACAAGCCAAAGCUGUCGAACAGGCGCCGAAGAGCCUGGGCAUCAUGCCCCCGACAAUGAUAAAGACACUGCCGAUACGCUUUGGACUAUGGCGAGCUUUUUUGAUAUGGGUGAUCAGGCCACUGAACCCGCCUCGACUGGAGACCUAACUGGCGUGCAGUAUAUGGACUUUUCCUUUCUAGAGGAGAUGAAUACGGCGAAUGAGACAAAUAUAUCGGCCCCUGAGCUACCGAGUAACACACACCCUUCUAUUAUGCCAAUCAGCUCACAGGCGUACAUCACCUCAUCCGUGGCUCGGGCGUGGGUACCUCUGUCCACUGAAAAUGGGAGUAUGGAGCGAGCAAACCUAGCUUUGGCCGGUGAUAUCCACGAGCCACCCACAAAGGGGAAUCUUGAGCAUGUCUCCCUACAGCUUAUCGCUCCUGCUGCUCGAGACCGCAUUCUGAAUAUGGUCUUCACGGCAUAUCCAGAAAAGACUGGGCAGAUUGUUGAAGGUUUCCCCUCCGCUGAGAUUCUGUCCAAAUUGGUGUACAGAUAUGUAAGCCAACGUAAGGUCAAGCGUGUUGAUGACUUCAUUCAUCUUCCUACUUUCGAUUGGAAGAGCCGACGCCCAGAGCUUCUUGCGGCUAUGAUCGCGAUGGGGUCAAUAGAUGGCCCCUCCGCUGCUGUGAGGAAAUUCGGAUAUGCACUGCAGGCGACUGUGCGACGUGCCACCAUCCAGAGGUACGAGGAAGACCAUGCGAAGAUGCGAGACAUGGACCUCGCUCAGGCAUACAUGAUUCAACAAUAUAUUGGUUUUUUCAGCGGCAUAUCUCGUAAAAUCGGGUUAGCCGAAAGUUGCUCUAUGAUCACUUCGACUAUUAUUUCUCAAGCCCGGAUGCUCUUGCAGGGCCCCGAAAGGACCGUCGAAGCUGUCCUGGCUACAGACUCUAUCGAGCAACUUGAUCAUAUCUGGCGCCGUUGGUGUCAGCAAGAGUCCAUUCGCCGCCUCAUCUACUAUUCCUACUCGUUGGACUCCCAGGUCUCUAUCACCCGCAACCUCAACCCCAUCCUCCCAUACACUGACAUGGAUUCGUCCCUGCCGUGCCCGGAUGCGCUCUGGCACGCUGACUCGCCAGCCUCCUGGAGACAGGAGCUCCUCGAGAAAACAGCAACACAGCCGACAUCAUUACGGGAUUUACUACAGUCACCUCGACUACUCAAGACAUGCGCACACUGUUUAGAUUCACCGUUCGUGCAUCUGGUCUACGUGAGUGGACUCUGGUCAAUAAUACAGGAAUAUCGUCGGCUUAGCUGCAUUGCUAGUAGCUCUAGCGCCUGGAACAACCUAGUCCUUAUGUCUCGGCACAGUGAACUAAAAGCAAUGCUGGAGCGAUUCGGCAAAGAGAGCACCGCCGUUCGAAGAAAGUCCCCUGAGGUGGAUCUGCUCUAUAGCUUGGUGUCUAUGCACCUACAUGUUUCCUUCAAGGAUCUCCAACCCAUGGGUAGCAGCGGAAAGGGCGAAAUAUGCAACCAUGAGGAUCCAGCAGCGAGACAGUACGCACUGGCAUGGAGAAAAGAUGCGGGCUCGUGGUUCACGAUCUGGUUCGCUGGACAGGUCGUACGGGCUGCAAAGGCGUUUCGUCCAGAGACGUUAUGUGAUGUCUAUUCGAUUGGGCUUCUGCAGGCCACAGUCGUACUCUGGGUAUACGGAAACCUCAGCGACGGCCAGAUCGCCCCGUCUCGGGGGCCUCCGAUAAUUGAGUUAAAUGAGACAGAUCCGGCGGGGCUGGAGAACUAUCUCUGUUACGGGGAGGGUCAGCCGGGGUUGAAUGUUUGGUCGCGAGGUUUUGUUCCGCUAUCUAAUUCACGGUCAAUCGUGGAGGCUAUUCAAGGUAUUAUCCAGCGGAACUGGCAGCACGCCUCUUUUCCCUCGGGCACCGAUGAAGUCUAUCAGGUGCUUAGUGACUUGCAAACGUGCUCCUCGAUUCAGGGGUAG